AUGAGCAAGUCCACGAUUCCUCUCGUCUACCUGACAUCGUUCCUCUUCCUGUUCGGCGAAACACUACAACCCGCCCCGCGCAUCUCCAUCUACGAAUCUAUCGUCUGCCAGCAACACUAUGGAUCACCUAGCCCGCACGACUGCAAGAUUGCCCCUGUGCAGCAGGAACUCGCACUUUUAGGAGGCAUUGAGAGGCUCUCGAUCAUCAUUCCGAGUAUUCUUGCUAUCCCGUUCGCAGCGCUGGCGGACCGUUACGGGCAUUCGUUGAUUUUGGCGGUCGCUAUCUUUGGUGUCUUUCUUGAAGACGGCUGGCCAUUCCUGGUCUGCUGGUUUCCUGACGUCUUCCCAAUCCGUUUGAUCUGGCUGCACUUCAUGUUUAGCUGUGUUGGUGGCGGUUUCACGGUUGUAGUGACAAUGCUACAUGUCAUCAUUGCAGAUGUUGUCAGCGCAGAAGACAGAACGAAGAUGUUCUUCCGCGCAAGAGCUGCGGGUGUAGCUGCCAGUAUUUUGGGCUAUGCUGCUAGUGGUCUCCUCAUGAGAGUCAGUGCCUUCUUGCCUUGGGCUGUUGGCCUGGUUUGCCUUCUUAUUGGAACAAUCACGGCAGCGUUGAUUCCAAGGAUGACGCUGCAAGAUCACGAUAUACUGCUGACUGUGGACAAGCCAGUAAGGAACUGGAGCAUUGCGGCUUCACUGGGUGCUUUGAGAAGUAUUUCGAAGCUGCUCUUUGGAAAUCAACAAGUCCUGGCGAUGUUGAUAUUGACCUUCUUCUGUCAAUUGGGCUACGACUCGGUUCCAUCGAUGCUGGCCAUCUACAUUUCGAAACGAUUUGGCUGGGAGUUCUCAGAUGCCAGCUUCUUGAGUUCACUCGAGAUGGGUAUCGAGCUCUUCGCGCUAGUGAUCAUAUUGCCAGCGCUUACUUCAGGCUUACCUUCAGCAUUCCAGGGGCUAUCAACUUUUGCGAAGGACAAAGUCUUCGCCCAAGCUAGUCUCGUUGCCCUUGCAAUAGGCAUGUUCUGCCUUGGUCUUGCACCCGUAGUCGUCUUAGCCAUCGUUGGCAUCGUUGUGCUCGCGCUCGGAACUGGGCAGGACUCCUUGACUCGCUCGAUAGCGACCGAGAUGGUUCCAGCGAAUGAGCUCAGUACCCUUUACUCGGCCAUUACAAUGUUGAGAGCCAUCGGUGGCUCGAUCAGUGGACCAAUUUAUGCCUGGCUAUACACUGCGGCACUCAGACAUAAAGGCGAAGAUUGGCUCGGUCUGCCGUAUCUGGUGGCUGGUGUCUUCUUUGUUGUAGCUUUAGCAUUGAUGACGGUUGUGCGUGAUCCCCAGAAGGAGAUCAGCGAGGAGGAGACGGAAGAGGGCCGGCCCUUGCUCAAUUGA